AUGUCAAGUUUUCACUCUCACCCUUUGGGUAUCAUCACUCUCAUCGCCCACUGCCUCCAAUGUGCCAGUGCCUUGAUCGUUUUGGGCAUCACAGCCUGGGCUGUCCGCGGGACAAAGAAUCUUACGGUGAUCUACACUCUUGUCAUCUCCGUCUUGACCCCAGUGUUUUUCGCCGUCGCGACUGGUCUUAGCUGCACUGGAAGACGCCGAACACGACCUCUGCCUCUUUUUCUGGCAGACAUCGUUCUUUCCUAUCUGUGGCUCACGGCUUUCAUAUUCCUUGCUCAAAACUUCAACGCAGUGAAUUGCAGACUGUCACGAUGGAAUGGAGAGAUCGUUUGUAGUCGGCAAUAUGCGGCUGAAGCGUUCAGUUUUAUCGCGUUCUUUGCCUCGCUCAUGUCCUUGUUGCUGCAAUACCUGUACGCCCUCUACUACAAUCCCGACGACUAUAAUUUCCACCCCCAUACGAUGGAGCAGACUCAGGCCAGGCAGAAUUUGCAAGGUAACCUGGAAAACGCCGGGGUCAUGUAG